AUUAGAAAACACUGUGCAGCUAUUCUGCCUUUUUCUCCUAUACAGCAUUUCCACAUUAAAAAAAGAGAGAGGAUGACAGUAGAGGUGGAGGAACAGCAGAAGGUGAUGAUUGGAGAACAAUAUUAUCGGAAGCCCUGAAAAACUGCUCUGUGUUUUUCAUGUGCAAUAGAUUUUCUGUGAUAAUAAAUCCUAAUUAUGACUGCAAGAGUAGGGGUAAUCAAAAGCCCUCAGGAACAUUUAAAUGUUCACAGCUUGGCUAAUCAGGGAAGAAGGGAAAGUACUGAAAAAAUGGAAGAUGAUAAAAGCAGGGAGAAGAAAGAGGUGUUUGUGAUUGAUCCUUCAGGAAACUUGUAUUACAACUGGCUGUUUUGUAUCACUUUGCCUGUUAUGUACAAUUGGACAAUGAUCAUUGCUAGAGCCUGUUUUGAUGAACUUCAGAGCAACAAUUUGGAAAUGUGGUUCAUUUUUGACUACAUGUCAGAUAUUAUCUAUGUUGCUGAUAUGUUUGUACGAACAAGGACAGGUUUCCUGGAACAAGGUUUGAUGGUGAAAGAAGAAAUUAAACUUAAGAAAAGAUAUAAGGGAACGGUACAAUUUAAAUUAGAUGUACUGUCAAUCAUACCAACUGAUUUGCUUUAUUUCAAAUUGGGAUUGAACUACCCAGAAAUAAGGAUAAACAGAUUACUUAGAAUAUCACGUAUGUUUGAAUUCUUCCAGCAAACAGAAACAAGAACAAGCUACCCAAAUAUCUUCAGGAUCUCUAACCUUGUCAUGUAUAUAAUAAUAAUUAUCCAUUGGAAUGCCUGUAUGUACUUCUCAAUCUCCAAAGCCAUUGGCUUUGGUACAGAUACAUGGGUCUAUCCCAAUGUUACCCAUCCUGAAUUUGGUCGGCUUGCUAGAAAAUAUGUAUAUAGUCUGUACUGGUCAACACUGACUUUGACAACUAUCGGUGAAACACCUCCUCCUGUGAGAGACGUGGAGUAUUUCUUUGUUGUUGUUGAUUUCUUAGUUGGUGUAUUAAUAUUUGCUACCAUUGUUGGUAAUAUUGGUUCAAUGAUCUCUAACAUGAAUGCGGCCAGAGAGGAAUUUCAGGCAAGAAUUGAUGCUAUUAAACAGUACAUGGAGUUUCGGAAGGUAAGCAAAGAUUUAGAAAAAAGAGUUAUAAAGUGGUUUGAUUAUUUGUGGACAAAUAAGAAGGCAGUGGAUGAAAGAAAAGUUCUGAAAUUUCUUCCGGAUAAAUUACGAGCAGAAAUUGCCAUCAAUGUUCAUCUGGAAACAUUAAAAAAAGUCCGGAUUUUUGCAGAUUGUGAAGCUGGUCUAUUGGUUGAAUUGGUCUUAAAAUUACAGCCUCAGGUAUUCAGUCCUGGAGAUUAUAUCUGCCGGAAAGGUGACAUUGGGCGAGAAAUGUACAUUAUCAAAGAAGGCAAACUUGCAGUAGUAGCUGAUGAUGGAGUCACUCAGUAUGUGGUUCUAAGUGAUGGCAGCUACUUUGGGGAGAUUAGCAUUCUUAAUAUUAAAGGUAGCAAAGCGGGAAAUCGGAGGACAGCCAACAUUAGAAGUAUUGGCUAUUCAGAUUUGUUUUGUCUACAUAAAGAUGACCUAAUGGGAGCUUUAACGGAAUACCCAGAUGCAAAAGCCUUGCUGGAAGAAAAGGGAAGGGAAAUCCUUAUGAAAGAUGGAUUACUUGAUUUAGAAGUUGCAAAUACUGGAAGAGAUCCUCAAGAGAUAGAAGAAAAAGUCUAUCAAUUAGAAAUAAUGCUAGAUAAUUUACAAACAAGAUUUGCUAGACUUUUAGCUGAAUAUAAUGCUGCACAGCAGAAGUUGAAGACCCGGCUAAAAGAAGUUGAAAACAUUGUGAAACCACAUUUAGGUUUUGAUUUCUCAAAUUUAGAAGAAACUGAAACAGACUUGGGUUAGUAAGUGAUUAGUGUAAAUAACAGAAAUUUGGAUUUAGCUAAAAAAAAUUAAUGGCGGACAGAAUAAUUGAUAAAGACAUUUCACUGGACAUGGAAUCUUCUCAUACCACCAAUUCUGGUCUAAGGAGUGACUUAAAAAGAAAUGAACUAACCAUCUUCAACACAUAUUUUCCAGGAACUUACAUUGUACUUUAUCUGCAACUUUCAGACAAUGGCCCAAAUCUUGUUGCUUAGUGUAGUAGGCUGCACUAGAGUAGGUCUAUUGAAUCAAUGGGGAUUUGGUGAUA